AUGGAAAAGUUCUCUCAAUUUCGAGACCGGGGCUCGGGUAUUGCGCCUUUCCUGCCCAUCCCCUCCGAGCCCCUCGGCCUGCAGGCCCCUCUGCGCAUCUUCUUGUUCUUUUUCCGCCUUCCGCUUUUCAUUUUCGUGACACUCGGCUACUUUAUCGUCCUCCAAUGGCUUCCGAUCGGCUCGCUGGGCAAGAAGGCCGCGCUGUGGUGUAUUCUUGGGGUUCCCAGCAUCUGGUGGAUUGACCUCCAAGUGGAUGGAGUGCGAAAAGGAUCGCUGUCUAAGCAGCAACAAGCUCGUCUGCCACAGCCCGGGUCUGUCAUCGCGUCCUCGCUCACCUCACCGAUCGACGCGGUGUACCUCGCAGCUAUCUUCGACCCAAUCUUCACAGCAUCAUACCCCAACACGCGGCAGGUAGAACGCAUCUCGUUGCUCCAAGCUAUUUUGCGCGCAUUUGCCUCGCCCGCGACCCGGCCUGCCCCCGGUGCGCGAAUGGUGGAUGUGGGGACGCUGGUGGAAAAAUAUCCGAAUCGCGCGCUUGUCCUGUUCCCGGAGUGCACCACCACGAAUAGCCGGGCCAUAUUGCCCCUGAGCCAUUCGCUGUUGGCCGUGCCUCCCAAGACCAAGAUCUUCCCGGUCAGCUUGCGGUAUACCCCGGUGGAUGUGGUGACUCCGCUCCCGGGGAGUUACAUCAGUUUUCUAUGGAUGCUGCUCAGCAGGCCGACCCAUUGUAUUCGGGUGCGCAUUGCCGAGUGCGUGGUGCAAGGCCGGGCUGCCAGUGAGGCUCCUCCGGCGCGGUCCACCCGGAAGUCGACAUACCACACCAAUUACCUCGACACGCUGGAUCAGGAGUCGGGAGACGGCGAGGUCACCGUGGGAGAGAAGGCGCUGCUUGAUCAGGUGGGAGAGUCGCUGGCUCGUUUGGGACGAGUGAAGCGCGUGGGUCUCGGAGUCAAGGAAAAGCAGGACUUUAUUCGGAUGUGGAGCAGAACCCGGCGAACGUGGUGA